AAAUCCACAUAGUCAUCCUAUACAUGAUAUUAAAUAUAUAUGCAUACAUGGUCACAUAUAAAUUCUUUUUCAUUCAUCAUACAUACGUAACACAUUCAUACUCACCAUUAAUUAUUUAAUUAUUCCAUUAUGGAAUAUAUGCCUUUCCCAAAUAUUUUAUUUUAUACAAUUCAUUCAUUCAUUCUAUUAUUUAAAGGCUUAGGGUUCCAGUUGCACAUUUUGUUUUUGCAUGUAGCAAACUGUUAAAACUUCAAAUUCCAUUUAUAUUAUCUUCCCAACUUGGGGUCAUCCUCAUAUACUCCUAUAUAGAAUUUUCAGUGAUUUCUUAUAUUAAUAUCAUCAACCAAACAUUUUUGUCUCCUAAUUAUUUUUAUUGUCUUGGAGCGAAAAAAAAUAAAAAAUAAAAAAUAAAAAAUAAAAAUAAAAAUAAAAGAGAGGAAUUGAUCAACAAGGUCGUCUCCUUGCUAGUCAUCUAUCAAUCACCCCUUUGUUAUUCUUAUUAUUCUCUACUCAUAUUUUUCCUACUAUUUUUGGUCCUAGAAAAAUAAUAAUGUUCGUUCUCAUUCACCUAACCUAUUAGAGAGUUUUAGUCUUGGAAGCAAAAUUAAAUUUUGGAGAUCAGAAAUGAUGCAGGAAUGGCAUGAUCUGAGCGAGUGCUCCAACACGAAUCAGUGUAAUCAAGAAGGUGAUGAUGAGGAAGAGGAUCAAGAUGAUGAAGAAGAAAGCGACGGAAAUGAUGAAGGAAGAACAAAUAACAAUAAUAAUAACAAUAAUGGAGGUGGGAGUUCAAGUAAUAGCACAGUUGAAGAAAUGAGUGAUGAGUUGAAGAAAUCGAGUUCAUCGUCUGUUAGGCCUUAUGUUCGAUCUAAAACGCCUAGGCUUCGUUGGACUCCUGAUCUUCAUCUUCGAUUCAUUCAUGCCGUUGAAAGGCUUGGUGGUCAAGAUAAAGCAACACCUAAGUUAGUCCUUCAGCUUAUGAACAUCAAAGGAUUAAGCAUAGCUCAUGUCAAGAGUCAUCUCCAGAUGUACAGAAGUAAAAAGAUUGAGGAUCAAAGUCAAGUAACAUGUGACCAAAGGCAUCUUUUUGAAGUUGGAGAUUGCAACAUCUUCAACCUUAGCCAACUUCCUUUGCUACAAGGGUAUUGCCCAACACCCAAUUCCAGUUUCAGAACCGUAGACCCUACAUGGACAACACAUCAAAAAUGGAUGCAAGAUUUAUACACAAUAGAAAUGGACUCGAGAAUGAAAGACAAUGUCGUAUGGGCAAGAUAUGGAAACGAUCAGCAAUAUCCUCCUCGAGUUAUUGAUAAAGAAGAGAGAUCAAUCCAACAUUAUAGCAAUCAAACAUGGCAAAACCCAGGAAUGAGGCCAAUAAUAACAAAGGAAUUAAGUCCAAUAAGAACGACACAGCAUCAUCCUCAACACCAAGACGACAUACUUGAGCAGGAAAGGUUCAUUAGUAGUUCUAAUAACAAACCUAAAGAGAGCCUUCAAAAGCAAAUGAUGUUGAAGAGGAAGAGAGUUGAUUGGGAUGGCAAUAUUGACUUGGAUUUGUCACUAAAACCGCCAAGAAAAUGCAGUUAUCAAGAUGAUGAACAAGUUAGCUUAUCUUUGGUGCUCCAUCAUAACUCGCCGCCAUCAUCGUCCUCAUCGAAGCUUGAAUUCAAGGUUAAGGAAGGAGUUGAUGAUAGUAUUAACAAGAAGAAGCAGGAAUGUUGUGGAAGAGGGACAAGUACCCUGGAUCUGACUUUGUGAAUCAGAUAUUCUGAGUGAGAUCUUGAUAAGGUACUUGUUCUACAGUUUUACAAUUUUUCCCUUGAAUUAAUGAAAUGUCAAUGUAGUUAACAAUCUUCAAAAAGGUAAUAACGACUAGUUAUCUACUUUUGGAAUGUUUCUUCAAUUCUCCUAUCCA